AUGGAUCAAUUUCCGUAUUCCUGUACCAUUGAUGCUGAGCCUCUUCAUCGCUAUGCAAAAGGAGGCUACCAUCCAAUUACAUUGGGAGGCUUUCUCGCCGACGGGAGAUACAAGAUACUGCAUAAGCUAGGAUGGGGAGGUUACUCAACUGUCUGGGCUGCAAGAGAUGAAAGAGAAGGCACUUACGUUGCGGUCAAGAUCCGUGUUGCUGAGGAAGAUGAUGAUAGGGAGCAUCGCGAGCUCAACGUUAUGAAGAAACUAGCAUCAAUACAUCCCCAUUCUCCACAUGUCAUGCAUGUGGUUGAUGACUUCGAUUUAGAGGGACCUAACGGAACACAUCGCUGCUUGGUAUUUGAGCUCUUAGGGCCUAGUGUUCCUGACAUGAUAGAUGCACGCUUUUCUGAUGGGAGACUUCCUGGAAAACUCGCUAAGACCAUUGCGAAACAGGUUGUUUCUGGACUUGAAUUUCUGCACCAAGAGAAAAUUGGACAUGGAGAAAUUGGACAUGUCCACAGGAGUGACGGUAAAGCUCUAGAACCUGGUAUACCGGAAUAUGUUGUCAGACCUGCUGGGACGCAUUCAUGGCCGUUGUCAAAUAUCAUCAAGAUUGUCGACUUUGGCGAAUCAUUCUUGCAGCAAACCAUCCCUCAAACGCUUCACACACCGCUAACAGUUCGGGCACCUGAAGUUAUAUUUGGAGACCAUCUGGAUUAUCGUGUGGAUUUGUGGAGCCUGGGAUGUCUGCUUUUCGAACUCUUCGUUGGCCAACUGCCCUUUGAUAGCUUCUUAAUAACGCCCAAGAUUCUUGUGGACCAAAUGCUAGAGAUGACAAGUGAAGCACUACCUGAAAGAUGGCUAGGCUUAUGGGAAGCAAUGGGCGGCGGAGUUGGUGCAGAAAGCUCGGGACCUGGAUUGCAAGAAUGGCUGGGGAAUAUGUAUUUUGAUGGUGAGCGAAGAGAAGACUUCACAAGUGAGGAUAUUGCCAAGCUGGGCCAAAUAAUUCGAAAAUUGCUACGGUUCGAGCCGUCCGCCAGGGCUUCAGCGAGCGAAAUUCUAAGUGAUCCUUGGUUUAGAGACUGA